AUGGGUGUACGUACAGUUUUCAGUACGGGCCCUGUAAGAAUACAAGAGUUCUGGUCUCUAGUGACAUCCAAAGGCAUCAGUCUGGUCACUGACCCCAGUGAGGAAGUCUUUGUGGAUGGGUGUUGUCACAGUUGCAGGUGGCUGGCGCAGAAUGGUUACUGGAUAUUUCCCAUCACCUCAGGCAUUCUGUUCCUUCUCACCUUCAUCAGUCUUCUUUUGCUUAACUUCUCGGACCCAGGCAUCUUGCAUCAAGGCUCAGACGAACAGGGGCCCACGAUGAUGCCCGUGGUGUGGGUGAACCAAAGGGCCUUCCGCUUGCAGUGGUGCCGGAAGUGCUGCUUCCACCGCCCACCACGGACUUUCCAUUGCCCCUGGUGCAACAUCUGUGUGGAGGACUUUGACCAUCACUGCAAAUGGGUCAAUAACUGUGUUGGGCAUCGCAACUUCCGCUUCUUCAUGCUGCUCCUCGUGUCUCUGUGCCUGUACUCGGGCGUCGUGCUGGCCGCCAGCCUGAUCUUCCUCGUGCGUGUGGCCCCCCUGCCCUUCUCCAUUGACAAAGCCAUUGCCAUCCUCGUGACUAUCCCAGCUGCUGGCUGCCUGGUGCCAGUGUCCCUGCUGCUGCUACUACAGAUCAAGUCCGUGAGUGCAGGAGAGCGCUCUUAUGAGGGCAAGUGCAGGUAUAUUCAAGGAUACAACCCCUUCGACCAUGGCUGUGUCAAAAACUGGUAUUUGGUCAUUUGUGCACCACUAGGAACCAAGUACAUGGCUGAGGCUGUCUGGCUGCAGAGAGUUGUGGGACCCACCUGGGUGCCCAGGCAGCACCCACACUUCCCUUCAUGCCCCUUAGCACGCAGUCCCCUUGCAUCACCUGGAACAGACCCCCAGCCUCAGUCUUUGGGUCUCCACAAACCAAGAAAAGGGCCCCCAGGGAGUGGUGAGGCUUCUGUCCUCCCAGAGCUUCCUGCCAGCCUGGCCCUCCCUUUGCUUAGAGAGGACCCCUGAUGAGUCCCGGUCAGCUUUUUGCACCUUCCAACAGGCAAGCCUAGGAACCCCCGGCCCCAAACUGAGCUUCCGAAGGUCUGGUGUGGAGGCUUCCAAGAGCACCUGCAUCUUAGCCCAUUAAAUAAAUGCCUUUACUGCC